CUAUCAUCCACACUGACAGAGCACGUUGUUCCACGACACGAGUUCUGUCCUCCAUUUUGUUUUCAACGAGUUUUAAGUUAGAAUUAUAGACUUUGAAAGCUCAUAAUGGGCGUGGAAAAAGAAAUAAUUUCAGCUGGAGAUGGAAAGACGUAUCCUAAAAAUGGGCAAACAGUUGUUGUGCAUUAUACAGGAACAUUAACAAAUGGUAAAAAAUUUGAUUCCUCUCGAGAUCGGGGAAAACCAUUCAAAUUUAUAAUUGGAAAGGGUCAAGUUAUCAGAGGUUGGGACGAAGGAGUGGCAAUGAUGACUGUUGGUGAAAAGGCAAAACUGACUUGUUCCUCAGAUUUUGCAUAUGGUCCAAAAGGUCAUCCUGGUGUUAUCCCUCCUAAUGCUACUUUACUGUUUGAUGUGGAAUUGCUGGGACUUGAGUAGUUUCCAAACAAGACAUUUCAAAAUUCCUGCUAUUGAUAAAAGUGAGAUCAUACCACACAACUAUGUAAGAGAUGUGUGUAUCCACUAUCACUGAUUGCAAUUCAUUUAACUUUGGUUUUGUUUAUUUUAUUAUCAACAUCAGAUAUGAAUGCUACUUUAACUAUCGCUAUCUGUUCUUGUAUUUAGUUCAAAAGCCUGAUCU